GAGGCGGGAUUUAUUUGGCAGGAAGUUAGCCGCUGCUAACAGGAAGUGGAAUAAUGAGGACGGAUUGAGGCGCAGGAAUUGGCGAACAGCAGCGAGUUCAAACAUUGACCCUUAUUGCCGUUGCAACAGUUCCCUCUGAAACAGGUUGAACAAGCAGCCAGCCACCAGUGUAUGAAGAAGAGCCGAAGGCAGCUAUGUCUUCAACGGUGGAUCUCAAGACAAAGGAGGAGAAGGAUGCAGAGCUGGACAAGCGAAUUGAAGCUCUGAGGAAGAAGAAUGAAGCUCUGAUGAAGAGGUACCAGGAAAUAGAGGAAGAUAAGAAGAAAGCAGAGCAAGAGGGCAUUGCGGUGACUACACCUCGUAAGCCCCGCCCCCAUGAGCCGAAGACGGAGAAAGAAAACUUCACUGUCACAGUCGACCUUUCUAAAGCAACAGGGGAGAAGAGAGUUGUGAACGAAUGGAGACCGGGAACUCCUCGCGGCCGGAAGACAUCAGAGGAGAGCGACAGCCACAGAGGGCAGAGUGAUGGCCGCAGCCCCCCCAGGAGGACCGGGUCUGGGCGAAUGAGUCGGGGAGGUCAGAGAGGAGACAGGAGAGACUGGGAACCGAGAACACCCAGAGAUGGAGAGCCUGGUGAGGCAGGAGGCCAUGGACGCAGAGGAGGAAGGAGAGGAGGAGGAGGAGGAAGAGGAGGAGGAGGAGGAGGAGGAGAAGGGACACCAGGAGGAAUAGACAGGAAAUCCAAGGAAUGGGAGGAGAAGAGACGACAGAACAUUGAGAAGAUGAAUGAAGAAAUGGAGAGGAUAGCAGAGUAUGAGAGAGGACAGCGGCAGGAUGGAGACAAACCGACCCGUAACUUCCUGGAUGACCCGAGACGUUCAGGUCCAGCCCCGGACACGGACCGCAAGGAGGGCAGCCGGAGACAUGUACGAAACUGGGGGGGACUGGACUUUGACAAUGUGAAGACAGGGUCUGAGCUGGAAAAAGAGUGGACCAGCCGGAGACCUGGUCCCAAAGGCUCUAUGGAUAUGACGAUGUCUAUGACCGGCCGGGAAAGAGCAGAGUACCUGCGCUGGAAGAAGGAGCGUGAGCAGAUAGAUGAGGAGAGAUUAGCACGCCAUCGUAACGCCACAGGCCAGUGGAGACGAGAGUGGGACGCACAGAAGACGGACAACAUGUUCAAAGAGGACCCAUAUGCGGCCACUGAGGGUAUCCCAUCGGAGGGCGGCAGGAGAGCGCGGGGGCAUAACUCUCGUACAGAGCCUCGGGGCAGGGCCUCAGAUGACAGUAAGCGACCUCCGAAAGUGCCGACAUUCGGCGACUUCCUGUCCCAGGGCAGGACCCAGGGGCCGAGGGGCGACCGGAGCAGAGGGAGGGGCCGAGGACAGAAGCAGAGCUACAGCAUGCAUGACAACCGCUGGGAGGGAGAGAAGGAAGAGGAGGAGAAGGAAAAGGAGAAGGAGGAGAAGGAAAAGGAGGACAAGACGAAGAAGGAAGAGAAGAGUAAAAAGAAAGAUAAGGAAGAAGAGAAAUCUAAACCUCCCACAGUACAGAAGGUGGAGGAGAAGAGUGGAGGAGGAGAGGAUGAUGAUGAAUGGGAGGAUGCCAGUGACGAUGGGGAAUAUGAGGAGGUGAGCGACUCGGAGCAAGACUCCAAAGGCGACGAGAAGAAGGACAUCGGAAAGGAGAAGCAAGCAAAGAGCAAAGAGUCCUCCCCAAAAACUCCCAAACCUCGUUCUCGUCAGGCAUCAGCAGGAAGCCCCAAAGAUCAGCGGACUCCCAGGCCAAAGGUCCACAUCCCGCCCCCAGCGGCCGCUCAGGAGUCCCCCGAGGGAGGCAAACCCCUCAGCCCCUUCUCCCCGCUGGACGGCCACAAGCCUGUGUCAGACUGGGGGGAGGAAAUGGAGUUGCUGUCACCCAGGAGCAGCAUGGGAGGCGAGAGCCCGCCGAAACCCUCCAGCGUUGAUUCCAGCCCCCCACAGAAGAAGGAGGAGGAGGAGGAGGAGCAGCAGGAGGAAGAGAUCAAGAGCCAAGCUGCCAGCUCUAGUGAAGCUGCCGAGUCACAGAGCGAGGAGCAUGCAGCCGUUGCUGUUUCGUCUCCUCCGGAAAAAGCUGAAAUCCAGGAGAUCCAGGUGAUGGUGUCAGAACCUGACUCGGCUCCUAAAGACUCACCUACUGCACUGCCAUCUGACCCCGCCCCCUGUGAGGUGAAGGUGGAUGAGGAUACGCCUCCAGCCCUGUCACAAGCAGACAAACCCGACUCCCCGCCCGCCCCCUCCGUCCUGGAAGCUGAACCGAGCUCGCCUGAACCUUCAGUAGAAAAAGAAGAUGACGCGCCGCCUGCUGAGAGCGACGCUGCUCCGACAGCAGAAACGCAGCCGUCCUCAGAGCAGCCGUCCUCAGGUGCGGUCCUUAUCACUGACUUUGAGACGGUGGCUUACUGUAAAUCCCCUGCGCACCUCUAACGCCUCCUCACGCUGUGCUCCUGCUUCUUCUUUUUUUUGUGCUUUUUUUGUGAUUGUGCUGGUUUUAAUUUCCCUCAUGGUGUGGCUCUCUCACUCUUUUUGUCUUCAUUCCCUUAUAAAUAAAUCAUGACCGAGCUGUUUGGUGGCCUGACAAACCCAAAGAUAGCUUUAGACGCUGCUUUUUAAAAAAUCUGACCUGCAAUGCUACCGCCUCCUUCCACCGAUCAGGACCCACUUCCUGUUUUGAAACUCCUCCCGGCUGUCUUCCUGCUCCUCCUCUGAUGGACUGAAACUUUUAACUCCACCUCCUUUGUUGGAUGCACUCCCCGUGUGCUGUUCCUCCUCCUCUUCCUGUUCUUCUCCAGCAUGUAAAACCUUUUGUUUUUGUUGUUUUUAUGGCUGUAAUGAAAUUCCUGCUGCUUGAUGCUCUGCCUGCAUUACCAAACCUUUUACUCUGUCUCCUCCUCUUAUUUUUUUUGUAUUGAUGUGAGCUGUUAAUCAUGUGAUAUGAUCAGAGUGCAUUUGCCGUCUUGCCUGUUUUGCAGUUACACUCAUGGCAUCUGUGGAACCAGAUCAUUUCAGUUAAAAACACAUUUUAUAAGCAAUCUAAUUCAAAACAUUCAGACUCAUAAGUAUCCGUUAACGUGCUCCUCUACCCAUCAGCAAUCUCAGGAGGGAAAUCUGAAUAAUUCAGGCCUCAGGCGCUGAGUUGUUGGUGAACGCUGGGAACAAAUCUGGACUAUAGAUGGUGCACAAACAAAGAGGACAUCUUGUAUGUGAGCAGAGCCAAAUGAGCUCCAUUAAACUCUUUCAGGGUCUUCUUUGGGUAGUUUUUAGUGUAAUAGCUUCGCCUUAUCAGGUUUGCUCCGCGGUUUUAUUUUAGACUAAAAUAUUGUGAUAAUUAUUAGAUUAUUAGAUGAAUUAUGUGCAAACAUGCAGCUAAAUCGUGCCUCUGAGAAAGAUCCAUGUUUAAUGAAUUAGUUAAAUAGCUUCCACCUGUCAUACACCAUCAGGUCAGGGUUUUAUCUUGAUUCUUGCAGUACUGUAUGCUCUGUGCUGAUGCUCAUUUGUCUGCAGCUACACAUUUGUUUCUUAAGCGAUCUCCAAGGGUCUGUUUAAUCUCUGUAAAUAGGCAAGGGGCAAGAGUUUUGUACCUUUCUUGUUUCCGUAUACAAUCCAUUUGCAGUAUGUUGGACAAUAAUAUUUUGCAGCCUUUGGUCACGUGCAGGCAAACGUUCAGAUAUAUUUUUAUGUAUUUGCAUUUGUAAACGAUGCUGAAAUCUUGAUAUUUGCUUCAAAACUCGUGGAAAUUGGUGUUUUUAAAAUGCUCGAAGGAUGAAGAAAACAGUGGGUGCAUUGACAACUGAGCAGUAAUAUUA